AAAGACGAGUCUCUCCCGCCAAGUAGAUAGACAAUUUUGAAGCCCGUCGCCUGGGACCAAUCUCAACACCACAAACACAAUGAAGGCAUGGGCGUUGACCUACUGUUAACUGUAGGUAUUUAAAGAAUUCCUCGGCGACUACCAUUAUCGCGGUCUAGCCCUGUGUCUCGUCGAUCUUAGGUAGUUUCAUCUUAUUACUGCCCCCCACUGCCAUUUUGUCUGACCUAUCCGGCGGCUCCAUUGUGAACCUGCGACAUGGACCUGUCCCAGAGGGCGGUUGAGGAGGUGGUCCACCCUACUGCAGCUUUUCUUCGGGCAUCAGGUGGCGCGUCCCGGCUGUACUCAGAGAAUGCUCCCCAACCGUCAUGGAACAACUCCCUACUGAAUCCGAAAAAUCGAAUAGACAGUCUCGAAAUCCCCGGCAGUCCGCUGUGGCGAGUCGACGGGUGCACUGGCCUGGGCACUCAAUACUAUGCCGUCCCCAUCUGCCUUCCGAAUGUUCCGCCGAUGCGGAUGGACGUUUUCAUACCGGAGAACCAACCAGCACACAUCCGAGAACAGCUCGAUCUCCACAAGGCAUUCCAUACCAAGGAUGCUGUAAGAUUGUCGAGGCUCGCCAUCACCAAACACAUUGUAAGAACUCUACAGGCCUGGACCGAGUCUACCUUUGAGGAUAUCCAUGCUUUCGAGCGCUUCUACAAAUCAAAACCGUUCGGAUCACGUCUGGUUUUCGAGAAUUUAUCCUUGGACAUUCGUCAGAUCAAUGUCCGACUCGGUCCUAACCACAAUCUCGAACUGCAAUUAUUAUCGCUCCAAAGCCUAAAUUCUCUAUGGGGAACCAUGUUACAGUCUCUUCAAGUGGUGGAUUUCUUCGAUGUGCACGUCGUCUCCGUCUUGCAUGACAGCGUGUGUCUUGUUCGUAUCCAGGAACAGCUCUUCAUCUUCAAGGCACUAGUUAGCGAGACCAAGUAUCUGUACCACGAACUGAAGACACUGUGCACUGUAGAACCGCAUGCGAAUAUAAUAUCGCGUCCUAUCCACCUCGUCAGGAAACCAUGCAGUUUUGGCGGUAAGCAUGCCAUUGUGGGCUUCACCACCUUUUAUCACCAACACGGCAGUCUUCGGGACCUCUUGCCUCAGCUUCGGAUUCACGGUCGCCUGCGGCUAGAGGAUCAGUUCAAGUGGUCCAUUCAAGUGAUUCGGGCACUGGAGCACCUGCGGGUCCGUUCAUCGACUUACUACCCUGAUCUUCGCCUCGAUAACCUUGUCUUGUCCAAGGGUUUUGACAUUGUCAUGGUUGAUUUCGAACAGCGAGGGGUGUGGUGCGAGUUUGCGGCGCCCGAGGUUAAUGCGAUCGAAUACAUACGACUAAUUGCUGCAGACGAUCGAAUCCCGAGCGAAGUGAGCCUCAAAUACCAGGGCAUCAUGCGAGAUCUGGUACCAGACUAUGAUGUUCUGCAGGAAGACCGAUAUACUAACCCGCAAGAUGGUUAUAAUGCAUCAUGGAUCGCCCUUAGCCCCGAGGAGCAAGAACUGGCCGAAGUUUAUAUGGUUGGGCGGCUACUUUGGUGCAUAUUCGAAGGCGUCAGCGGACCUCAGAAGGCCGCUGUAUGGCAGUCAUAUCGGUGGGAGUCUAACCUGGAAUUCCCUGAGUACGACCGAACACCACCGGCCCUGAGAGAGCUCAUCGACCGCUGUACCCGGGGAAGGCGACCGAAUCUUGGCAGCGUUAUUAUCAGACAGCGCAGCCACUUGCUGUUGCGUCACCGGACCGGGGAGGAUCAUGACGCUGAGCAAGUCCAGGAUGCCGCAACGGCCCAUUGGGUAGCCGAGCUCAAGUGGGCAGAGGAGUUUUUGGUCGAUAGAAGUCGUCUGCGGGAACAAGGUAUCUGGAACAACAACUACUAUAAAAGGCCGCGCCUUGUGGAAGUUUUGGAGGCUCUUUUGGACAUCCAAAGGCAGUAUGCAUCAACAUCAUGAUAAUGUCAAUUCAAAAACUCGCGCAAGGCACAUGGUACUUCUGGCUUGGCACUGUACCCUCGGAAUUAAUAAGGGAACGAUAUAAAUCGAGUCAUGUUCACCAGAGCUUGCUGCAAUCG